AAGCCUCUGAGAGCUCAAUAAAAACCUUCCACCCGUCAUUCUAGGAGGAUAAGAGCAAGAUACUGUUAACAAGUGCAGGAAAUGGCUUUCGGAGUUUCAAUAUCAGUCUAUAUCUUAUUCAAUGCUGUGACAGCAUUGACUGAAGAGGCAGCCAAGACUGUAACACCCCCAAUCACAACCCAGCAAAGUAACUGGACCGUUAACAAAACAGAAGCUGGCUACACAGAAGGACCCAUAGCACUGAGGCUCUCACAUCCUUGCCUGGAAGACCACCAUAGUUACUGCAUCAAUGGUGUUUGUGCAUUCCACCAUGAGCUGGAGAAAGCCAUCUGCAGGUGUUUUACUGGUUAUACUGGAGAAAGGUGUGAGCACUUGACCUUAACAUCAUAUGCUGUGGAUUCUUAUGAAAAAUACAUUGCAAUUGGGAUUGGCGUUGGAUUAUUAUUAAGUGGUUUUCUUGUUAUUUUUUACUGCUACAUAAGAAAGAGGUGUCUAAAAUUGAAAUCACCUUACAACGUCUGUUCCGGAGGAAGACCACUAUGAGGCCUUUGUAAGAAAUUUUCAUGAGUCGUUGGUGAAAAGCAUUGGGCCCAAAACUGAAAUUUUCAAGUGAAACAACAAAACUUCAUAAGCUGACUAGAAAGUUGGGAUCAUGAUGAAACAAGAUAAUAAAUUUCAACAUUGGUCCUUAGACUUUGCCAUUUUUAAAGUGCCAUGGGUACACUGAACAAGGUACAGUGACAGAAGUCAAGUUCACAGUUCUACUCUGGGUUUGUUGCUGUUGUGUAAUUAUUGUUCUCACUGCGGAGAGACUGAGUUUUAUGCUUCUGACUAUGUCAGAUGUGAAUUUUCAUGGGAAUAAUUAUCAACCUUGCAGCCAGCCAAAGCAAUGCCAAGCUUGGAUUCUUCACUACACUUGCUACCAGGAUUCUGGACCACUGCUCUACGGACCAAAUCCCAAACAUGAUGCUUUCAUGGUGUCUAAAAGAAUGUGAUGUCAGCUAUUCAGAUGAGAUUAGUAUUAUGGCACCUCCAAUGAACCAAACUUAUGAUUGAAGUCUAAGCUAGAGAAAAGAAAUGGAAUGUCCAAGGCAAACAUAAUGAUACCCAACUUUGUGACAACACUGUGAAAUAUGGAAUAAGCUAAAGAGUUUCUGAUGACUGAAAGCUAUCUGGAUAUUGAGCCCUGAGGAGACAAAACGUUUUUGUUUCUGCACGGAUUAUAAAAUUUUGUGUUGGACUCACUGGUCCCCGAAUGCUUAUGUUCAUCCUUUCUCCUAUUGUUAGUGGAAUUACCUGGCGAUUAUCUAUUUGGACUGAAAUUCUAAAAUUCUACUAACAAACAAAAUUCUACAAUUGGCUCUGAAAUAGAAACUGAAGAACUUGACAUAAGAAUUUUUCACCAGCCCACAGCGGGUGGAAAUUUUCUUUACCAUUUCUGGGUACCGGAGAGAAGAUUUGCACAGAGGGAGAGAAAACAAAAUAUUGGUAGAAAUAACGAUUUAAGAAUUAGGGUCCUUCCUCUCUAAUCAUA